UUUAUUAAUCCUUAGCUUUCAUUGAAGAAAAAACGGAGCCCACAAAUGAAGAAAGCAUUCGCGUCGGAACAUUUGUGAACGGAAGGUUGACUGUGUGCUUGUGUGAAAAGCGCAAACAGCACAGCUCGGCUGCAACGGUGGAGCAACAUCCAGUCGAUCCAGUCGAAAUUCCAGUGAUUCACCGUGAAAACAAGUGACAUAGUGCAUGCCCCAGUAGAGCAACUCGGGAGGCAUCAUGUGAAAUCAGCUUGCCCUGUUCCCCGAAAGGUUGUACGCAUCAAAACAACGGAACCUACCACCUACCAGCCCAUAUAAACGAGGCCCGACGGAGGCACGACGAAGGUCUGUCGUUUGUGGCGACACCAGGACGAGAUUGAGGGGGAGGGUGUUCGGUCGGUCGUCGGUCGGUGAGCGGCCGUAUCCUUCUUCAAGCGAAGCGUACCAUUAAAUCAACACGGCCGGGCAGAUGGACGACGCCACCAUCCAUCAGCUGAAUGUGAUAAUCGAGUUCGCCAUACUCCGGACCAAUGGGUUUCUGAAGCCCAACCCGUACAUCGUGUUCUCGGUCGAUGGAAAAACUGCCCGCAAGACAGAUAUCAUCAGAAACACGAGCAUACCGACAUGGAACGAGCGGUUCACGAGUAUCGUGUCGGCUGGAUCGGUCCUGCACUUCCGCGCCUUCGACCAUUCGAGCUUCCGCAAAGACUCGCUGCUCGGCCAGAAGACGGUCGAGCUGGCGGGCAUUUUGCGCCACUACAACGGGGUGCUCGAAAUGCUCGAACUCAACAUUGAUCUGAUGAGCGAUGGGACGGGUUCGUCGAAAACAAGCGAACCCGAAAAGAUGGGUGAGCUGGUGGUCGUGCUCGACGGGUUGAAGAUCGAUAUGCGCAAUUUGGGUGCGGCGCCCAGCGGAGGAAGCGGUGCCAGUGGAAGCCGGGUCAAUGGAGACGGGGAAUCGCUCUCGUUUUGGCCAAUCGAUAAGGGUCAGAACGGAGAACUGCUGCAACGGACGCCACCGGACAUACGAAACUGUGGCGUUAGGGCGCGGAUGCGCUUACGUGGUACCGGCACCAACGCCGCAGAACAGCUGCUGCGGACUUCUACAGCUACACCUGGCAGUGGUGUCGAGGGUGCCGUGUUUCAAGCGUAUGGUCCGUCAUUAUCAUCACCAUCAUCAUCGUCGUCCUCGGGCACCGCGCACCAGGCGCAACAUUCGGCCGCUUCCCACGCGAGCCAAGGCAACAGCGGCACGAAUAGUAACAGUAACACCACGUCGUCCGCUGAUUGUGUGUCGUCGUUUAAUCAGUUCAGUAUAGCGGAUGGAUCGUACGGAAUGGGUAACGGUGUGAUGACGGCCGGAUCUUCCCCGAACGGUGGAACCGCAUCGCUGCCCGCUGGAGGAGGAGCAUCCACUUCGACGGGCGCUAUCCGAAGGAGCGGCAUUAACUGGGAUCAGCCGAAUGUGUCCCCCGUGGCCGCAUCCUCGAUGAGCUCACACACACGGCUGGCACCGGUUUAUUCCAACUCAUCGCAAGAAGGGCUUAUCAACGGUGUCCCGGGUGCGGGGGGCCACACGAGCACGGCCCUGAUCCCGGCUGCCGGCGGAAGUCCGGGCGGUGUGAAUGGCUCUUCCGGCAUCCCAAUGCCGAUGGGCGGCAGUCUUACCGAUCAGCAACUCAUUCUGCAGCACCAGCAGCAGCAGCAGCAGCAGCAGCAAAAUCCCAUAGACGAUGAACCCCUGCCGGCCGGUUGGGAGAUGCGUGUGGAUAAGUUUGGCCGGCGAUAUUACGUCGAUCACAACACUCGCUCGACGUACUGGGAGAAACCGCAACCGCUGCCGGCCGGCUGGGAGCAGCGGCGAGAUCCGCGCGGCCGUGUGUACUACGUCGAUCAUAACACGCGCACCACCACCUGGCAGCGCCCGAACAGCGAGCGGCUGAUGCACUUCCAGCACUGGCAAGGCCAACGGCAGCACAUCAUCUCGCAGGGCAAUCAGCGGUUCCUCUAUCCCCAGCACGCCCAACAAUCAAACUCCACCUCGGCAGCACACGAGGAGGACGAUGGGCUGGGACCGCUGCCGGACGGAUGGGAGAAGCGCGUCCAGCCGGACAAUCGGGUGUACUUUGUGAACCACAAAAAUCGCACCACCCAGUGGGAGGAUCCGCGGACGCAGGGCCAGGAGGUGAGCAUGCUGGCCGAAGGACCCCUCCCACCCGGCUGGGAGAUCCGCUACACCGCCAACGGUGAGCGGUUCUUCGUCGAUCACAACAACCGUAAGACGACGUUCGAAGAUCCACGGCCGGGCGCACCGAAGGGUGCGAAGGGUGUGUACGGCGUGCCGAAAGCGUACGAGCGUUCGUUCCGCUGGAAGCUCAGCCAGUUCCGGUACCUGUGCCAGAGCAAUGCGCUCGCGUCGCACAUCAAAAUUACGCUCACGCGGCAAACGCUGUUUGAGGAUUCGUACCACCAGAUCAUGCGGCUGCCCGCCUACGAGCUGCGGCGCCGGCUGUACAUCAUCUUCCGCGGCGAGGAAGGUCUCGACUAUGGCGGUGUGUCGCGGGAGUGGUUUUUCCUGCUGUCGCACGAAGUGCUCAACCCGAUGUACUGCUUGUUCGAGUACGCGAACAAAAACAACUACAGCCUGCAGAUCAAUCCGGCCAGCUACGUGAACCCGGACCAUCUGCAGUACUUCAAGUUUAUCGGCCGCUUUAUCGCGAUGGCCCUGUACCAUGGGCGGUUCAUCUAUUCCGGCUUCACCAUGCCGUUCUACAAGCGCAUGCUGAACAAGAAGCUAACGACCAAAGACAUCGAAUCGAUCGAUCCAGAGUUUUACAACUCGCUGAUUUGGGUGCGGGACAACAACAUCGACGAGUGUGGGUUGGAGCUGUGGUUUAGCGUGGACUUCGAGGUGCUUGGCCAGAUCAUUCACCACGAGCUGAAGGAGAACGGUGAUAAGGAGCGGGUGACGGAGGAGAACAAGGAGGAGUACAUCUCGCUCAUGACCGAGUGGCGAAUGACGAGGGGUAUUGAAGAACAGACGAAAACGUUCCUGGACGGGUUCAACGAGGUGGUACCGCUCGAAUGGCUAAAAUACUUUGACGAGCGUGAGCUGGAGCUGAUGCUGUGCGGCAUGCAAGAGAUCGAUGUAGACGAUUGGCAACGGAACUCCAUCUACCGGCACUACAACCGCAACAGCAAGCAGGUCGUUUGGUUCUGGCAGUUUGUCCGCGAGACGGACAACGAGAAGCGGGCCCGGCUGUUGCAGUUCGUUACCGGUACGUGCCGUGUGCCGGUCGGUGGGUUUGCGGAGCUGAUGGGAUCGAACGGGCCGCAGCGCUUCUGCAUCGAGAAGGUCGGCAAGGACACGUGGCUGCCACGGUCGCACACAUGUUUCAAUCGGUUAGAUCUACCACCGUACAAGAGCUACGAUCAGCUGGUGGAGAAGCUUAACUAUGCGAUCGAGGAGACUGAAGGUUUCGGGCAGGAGUAGGCAAGCAUGGUAAAGGGGGGGGACGAAAGCAAAAGAAGAACGUAAAACAAUUGUGAUCAUUUUAUGGGGAUAUAUAGCUGGGGGAGGCCGUAGGAAAUGUGGGUCGUGGGGGGGGGGGGCGGUAGGGGGGAUGGGAUGAUGUUAGGUUGAUACACAAUGGAAGUAUUUUAUAAAGCAAAGUGUGCGUGUGCGUGUGCAUAUGUGUGUAUCUAUGAAUGUAUAUGAUUAUGAGUUGCGCUGUGUUCUCGCUGAAGCCCGAGAACCUUGUGUUAAGGGAUUUUAGCAAUCGUUGCCCUCUGGCGAGAUGCGCUUCUAACCGAGAGCGGUAGUGCUUUUGUUGAUCCACAAAACAGGAUACGCAGGCUGGCCAGAUGAUGAUGCCGACGUGGUUUGUUCUUCUUCUUUUUUUCGAUCCACGACGACGACGCAGUUCGUUUAGUUGGCGGAAGCUUCACGUGUACAUAUAUUGAUAGAGGAACGAAAGCAAUAUUUUCUACGCGCACCUAUUUCCCGCAGCAAUGCACAAACGAAAGUAUUCAACGGCUAUUUGUCAUUUCAUGCUGCGAGCUGUUGCGGUAGUGAGUAACAAACCUGAAGCAAAUAAUUUAUUGCGCAGCGUUGAUUCAACGUCCCAUUUGAUUGACCACAAAAAUGAGCAUUUUUUUUAUGAGCUGUGCAUGUUGCAUUGGUCACGUUGGUCAAACAUUAUUUUCCCAUUUGCUCCAUCCUAACACGUGUGACAAUAUAAGCAAAUCUGGCGGACUGCUGGCAGCAAAAACAUGUGGGGCCACUGGGUGAAAAGCUGUUUUAUUUUCGUUGCCGUAGCGUUCUCGUAAGGGAACAACAAUAUCAAGCUGCAUCCCCCGCUGCAAUUCAAUAAUUGACGGCUAUUUUGCAAUUGUGUGGAGCAAAUUGUAAAAGUACCGAACCCUAACCCUAACAUAAGCGGAAAGCAUCCUGCAGCAAAACAAAAAACCAAUUCCUUACUGAUCCUGCCCUGGUGGAGGAGUGUAUCAGUGAAUAGUGAAAUAUUCAAAUAUAACACAUCCCGUAGUAUUGUAUUGUAAAAAAAAGAGCGAUAGACAAACGGUCCAAGCCGAGCAAAACAAAAAAAGAAGAAGGAAAGAUUAUAAAUUGUUUUAAACAAUGACGAUAAAGAAAUAAUAAAUAUAAAUGUAUAUCUAACACACACCAACACACACACACACAUUGGUUUAAGUAUAUCGUGGAUUACGAUUAGUACACAAACGGGGAUAUAACAUAACUAACUAAUGAAUGAAUGAAGGAAGCAUGGUAGCAUAUUAUAUGAGAAGUGUACAGAACAAUACGAGGGAUAGGGACGUAAUUCACAGAGAGUAAAUAAUUAGAACAAACCAGUGUGGGAUUAGAUAAAUAUCAGAUGGGAUUAGAGAUGUGUGAUUGUCCUCCAAAUCGUUCCAAGGCGUUCGUUCGCCAUCGGGCGUGAUUGGGUAAAUUUUGCUAACAGAAACAUAAAUCGAUUUUUGUUACAAAGACAAACAACACCCCUGAACGGUCGUUAUCGCGCGGCAGCGCCUGGUAUUGGUUUGUUGGAUGGUGCUAAUGAUUGAUAUGAGUAUGAUUGACUUUAUAACUAAACAAAACUAUUUGUACACCGAUUGUUUUGCAAGCAAACUCUGUUUAGGGGGGAGGGGUAGAAUCGGGGCGCCUUUUGUUACUGUUGUGUAAAACAAAUCGGCUAUACAGUGGUGUACAGGGAGAGAUAAAAACAAAAAACCGAAUGAAUGCCAAUCAACGCGAAAAACGCUCUAUGUUGCGCGGGAAACCCCACAAAAUUAUCAUAAACUGUACCCGUGUAGCAAUUGCUGUGUCGUCGGGGGUAAGGUAUAGUUUGGUUCGAGCGUGGCAGGCAAAGAAGAGUGCGAAAUAAAGACAUCAUGCCUAAAUGGA